AUGCACCUCAGACCUCAGGCGUCACAUUCAGCUAAACACAAGAAGAUGGAAAGCAACAAAACCCAGGUGCUUGAGAGGGUGCAGGCCCUGGAAACCUGGCUGAAAAUGACCAAAACAAAGAUUACGCAAGUUAACGGCCAACGAAGGUAUGGAGGACCACCUGAAGUGUGGGAAGGCUCAAUCCCUGGAUCCAAGGCUGAGGUUUUCAUCAACUGUAUCCCGUGGAAAAUCUACGAAGACCUGCUCAUUCCUUUUUUUAGCUCCCUAGGACCUCUGUGGGACUUUCGACUUAUGAUUAACUUCAGAUGGCCUAACCGGGGAUUCGCCAACGCCAAAUACAGCUCAACAAAUGUGGCUAAAAAGGUGGUAGGCCUACUUCACGGCGACGUGCUUGCGCCAGGUUUGCGUCUAAUCGUGUGGCGUAGCACUGAGAGGAGGUGCCUCUGCAUGACGUUUUUACCAACUUGUGCUCAGGAAGAUGAGCUUCUUCAGGUGCUCUAUGGAUCGACAGAUGGGCUGGAGGAGCUUUCACUGACGUCCGAAAAUGGAAUGAAGGACAUAUCAGCUAUAGUUCUCUUCUCCUCUCACUAUGCAGCUUCCAUGGCAAAAAGAGAACUGGUGCAAGCAUUUUGGAAGCAGUUUGGUUUAAGCAUCUGCGUCCAUUGGCAGUCCCCAAAGAAAGCACGCCCAGACGACCGUCUUCCUCAAAAGCCUCAAAGUGGCCUGACCUCAACUCCAAAUCUCGGGAUGAUCCCCUCAAAGGUUUCAAUCGACUUGCCUCCUUAUCAGCAAUCCCCUCUGGAUUUCUGCCGAGCUGUAGGGGCACCGGCUAAACCCAAACCGACGUCCAGUCAAACUCCCUCAGCCCUGCUUCAAAAUUGUUGUGCCCUAGUUGGAGUUGGUCCGCCGGCAUAUGAUUUCUCCUGCGGCCCUGCCGGGCCUGAUGGCUCUCUUCGGGUAACCUACAUGGUGAGAAUCUCGGGUAUAGGGGUCUUCCAAGGGUUGGUGAGGGUCUUGCCGAAACUCACUGCCACGAGCACUUUGGCUGGCGCUCGAGAGGCGGCGGCGCAAGAGAUCCUGCAGUGGAUUGAGGUCAAGAAAAUCAUCCGCUUAGGAAGAAGAUAA